AAAAAGAAGAAAGAGAAAUGAAAGAGGAGUAUAAAAGAGAAUUGAAACAGAAAAAACGUCAAGAGGAAAAAGAAGAAAGAGAAAUAAAAGAGGAGGAUAAGAGAAAAUUGAAAAAGAAAAAACGUCAAGAGGAUGAAGUGGAUAGAUUAAAAGACUCGGUGAAGGAAAAGGAAGACAAGAAAGCAGACGCAGUAUUAAGAAGUGGGAAGAAAGCUGACGAGAAAGACUUAGUGGGGAGAAAGGGCCAGACUGGUGCACGUCGGCGCAAAGUCCCUUCGCAGACCUUGCAGGAACACAUAAAGAAAGAAAUACAUAAAGAAGAAGACGAAAAAAGAGAAGUUGAAACAGAGGAAGAAUCAGAAGAAAGUAUCGCAAGUAGCUCUUUGGAAGAUGAAGUCAAGGUGGAAGAAAAGACGAGAAGAAUAACACGUUUUACUUUGCCAGAAUCACCAGCAUCAUCAACAGCAGUGUUUUAUGAGUUCAGUCCUUCUGUAAUAAAUGAAACAGAAAAGGCAAAGGGGAUUGAUUUAUGGCGACAAGUGGUAAACAAAAUGGUGGAGUUCUCGCAUUCAGUGAAUAAACCAUUUGAAAGAAACUUAUUUGAAGUGUUUCUCAAGCUACAGCUCCAGAAUGCGAAGAAUAAAUUGACAUCAGACAAGGAAUUAAAGACGAUUGACUCGGAAGGAAUCGAACACGCAGUGUAUACACGUCAGAUUUCGAAAUAUCUCAUCCAAGUCAACAAGCUGCCUGCGGACCUCCGCUUUUUCGUGGAAGCAAACAGAUUCAAGAAACAAAUAACAUCUCACUUAAAGUGUUCUACGGAAAUCGGGAUACCAAUCGAAAAGGAAAACCCAAUCCUGGGCAUGCGCGCCAAAGCCAUCAUUGAGUGCUUUUUCCAGUCCGUGUGUGAACCAGUGGUUCAGAUCAACUUAUGUUCGGAAAAGUAUGCCUUUCAAAUAAUACAAGAUAUGCACAGUGGCUUGUCUGCUGACAUGUUCUAUGAUGUCUACCUUGCCCUUUUUUCUUUGCUAUUCAACAUGUGGAAAAUAUUUGCUCAUCAGUGGCUUUCGACGACUGGAGGGAAAUGGCGAGAAGAAAACAUUAAAAUUCUACUGACAUCCUUCAAGGACCCUAUCAUUGGGGAUUUUCCUCAUCCGGACGAACCAUCAGCAGACUACCUUCAUUUAACGCUGAGUAACUGUAAUAACAAGGAAAAGGACAAGGACGUGAAAGAUAUUACAGGAUCUAUGCUAAAAUUUACUAUUUCUCGUGGUGUUCGCCUUCUGGUCAAUGAGGCAGAGCAAAAGAAAUCAAGCAAACUGUCAUCACCGAAACCGUUAGCAAUAAACGAAAAUGGAAACAAUUUCUAUAAAGUGACUGAUGUAAAAAACAUGAGAGACAAUGUCUUUUUUGAGACCCAGUAUCAAAAUAAGGGAAAAAUUGAUCAAUCAAACAACUGUCCAGGAAACUCGGACAUGACCGAAUCUCACGUGGAAUUUCCUGUAUAUGCGAAAACCCUCGAAUGCAGAGAAAGAAAGAGGGACUUAGGUAUAGGAAGAAGUAAGGUACCGAAAACAUGCAACAACAUUUUACAGGAUCGAGAUUGUGUCGUCGCCAUGGAAGAGAGAGGACUAAACCAUCAACCACAACCAGAGCCAAAACAGAAGGGAGAAGUUUACAGCGCGCCAGAAGCAUGUUCAGAGCCAAAGGUAAUGAUAAGUAAACAGAUGGGUGGGGAAGAGGUAGAAGAAGAAGACAGCGUCACCAUAGAGGAGAGAGGACGAAAGCAUAAACUAAAGUCAGAGUCGAAACAGAAGGGAAAAACUUACAGCACGCCAAAAGUAUGUUCAGAGCUAAAGGCAUGUUCAGAGCCAAGAGUAAUGACAAGUGAACAGAUGAGUGGGGAAAAGAUAGAAGAAGAAGAUAAUGUCACCAUAGAGGAGAGUGGACGAAAGCAUAAACUAAAGUCAGAGUCAAAACAGAAGGGAGUAUCUUGCCGCCAGCAGAAAAGAAUGACAAGUGAACACAUGAUUGGAAAAAAUACAGAAGAAGAAAUAAACGACGGGACAUCGGCACAGAAAAAUCAAGUACCGAAUGAUAGGAGUGAGAGUCGAGAAAUUCAAAACAAGCAAAAGCUAAAGUUUAGGGGAGGUGACAAACAAACAGAUAAUAACAGCAACCAAAAGUUUACAAAACAAGCGGACAGAGAUACGAACACAUUGCAAAAAGAGAUGAGUGAGCAUGGAAAACAAGAUAACAAGUUACAAGCAGAAAAUCGCACUUUCAUGUGUGUUUCCGAUCAGCCUGAGGAGUUACAGCUGCUGAGCCCUGAUUUUCUGAGUCGGAGUCUUCCAAAGCUGGAUGGCUGUCUUCAGCUGCAGGACAGCCAGUCUGUAUGGGGGCCUGGCAAGAGGCCCUUUAAGGGCGAUUAUGCCGUGCAGGUCAGCAGAAUGAUCACUCUACUGUGUGAAAGCCGACAAGCAUCCCUGUGACUGUUAGGAUCACAAUCACUGUCAGCUGCCGGGUAUGUUAGCGUGGAGGAAAACAGUCAUUUCGUUGCUUAAGAGCGACCUUGUUGUGACCAGUGGCAAGCUUUGCGCAAAAAUCUGUUGAGCGUUGGGGACUGGACUACAACAAACAACGCAGGACGAGUAUUUUAACUCUUUGAAUGCGUUAAACUCUGACACAUAGCGGGGAACUGUCAGGAUAGGGGUUGUUGACCUGUUUAGCUUUCCCUGUGAUGUUGCUGGACUACCCGGCAAUUCGCAUGGGGUAUCUGUUUAUCGCAUAUGUUUUCUAGAUUUUUCACUUUUUGAACUUUUUAAAUACAUAUAUAAAACUAUUACUUUAUUUAUAUGCGUUUCUAGAUAUUUUCAUGUUUUUUACUUUUUCAAUAGUUUUAUAGCUUUAAUAGUUGCAAUGUCUACUCCAUGAAGGAAAGGUGACAAAAAAAUGCGAUUCGCUUUUUGUUUAGCCUUUAUUGUAAAGAUAUGACUGUUAAUAGGAGGAGAUUUUUGUUACUAUUAAUGAGUGAUUUUACAAUGUACCCUUGUUGAGGACCUUGACCUAUGAACUUUAAAAGCGGCAAUAAGAAUAAAGACGAUAUUAUGCCAUCAAAUCCUUGUGUGCGA